AUGCUCUACGACCUCAAUAUCGCCUGGUCUCCAGGCAUGCCCCUUUCCGACCUCGAGCGCACCCUCACCUUUGCCAAACACCUAGGCUACGAUGUCGUCGCCAUAAACCACACCAUCUCCGGCCCCAUCCCAACGCAACCAGGCCCCAUUCCCAACCCCAUCCCCCAACUCACGCCCCCACACCCCUCGUAUCCCGGCGGGUCAUCGUCAACAACAACUAACCUCUCCACCACCGCGCCCUCCGUCCUCCCCCCUUCCUCUCGAUCAAAUGCAGCAUCUAACCUCCCCACAACCCUCCGCCGUGUAACAUUAGUGAUCACAGACCCCUCCACAACAAACUACCGCCUCCCCGACUACACCCGGUCCUACGACCUUCUCGCCGUCCGGCCAACAACAGAGAAAGCCUUCUCCUGGGCCUGCUUGCAAACCACCGAGCCCCCCGCCCUGAUAUCUCUGGAUCUGAGCACCCAUCUAGGAUGGCACAUCCACCACCGGACGGCAAUGGCCGCCGUAGGGAGGGGGAGUCGGUUUGAGGUUUGCUAUAGCCAAGUUUUGAGCCCGAGCCCUACGGGAAUGGAUGCGCAAAGGGCGCGGGCAAACUUCAUUGGGAAUUUACAAUCCCUUUUGCGCGCCACAAAAGGGAGGGGAAUAGUAAUAAGCAGCGAAGCGCGGAACGCCCUUGGGCUACGCGCGCCGGCGGACGUGGUCAACUUGCUCGCCGUAUGGGGAUUAGGUCCGGAGAAGGGGAUGGCAGGGAUGAGGGAGGGGGCGAGGGGGGUUGUGGUGAAUGAAGGGGUCAAGAGGAGGGGGUUUAGGGGGGUUGUGGAUAUUGUUAGGCCGGCGGAGGGGGGAGAGCAGCAACAGCAACAUGGAUUGAAGAGGAAGAGUGGUGAAGGAGAGAAUAAAGGGGGAGCGGGGGAGAGCGCCGCGGGGAUGAGUAAGAAGCAGUUGAAGAGGAUGAGGAAGGAAGCGAGGGAGAGGGAAAAACAGGAUCAAGGUCAGGAGAAAGCUUCCAGUUAA